CCUCUCCCUCUCCAACACUCCCAACUUUCUCCCCUCUAUUAAGUUCCAAGCUUCUUUCAAUCUGAAGUGAACAACAUAUUCCAAACAGGGGGUGUUCCAGAAAAAAUAGACGUCAUCCUUCCUCGUCACCCAGUCCUCUCCUCCUCCAUCUUUCUCUCAUCACUCCCUUUCUCCCAUCUUGUCUACUCCCAUACUGAACCAUCCAUCCAUCUCUCUCUCCCCUUUCCUCCUCCCAUUCUCCAUUCUUCAUCCCCACACCUCUGAACUGCUGUUAUCUGUGUCUCUACCUUCCUUCUGUCUUCAACCUUCCUUUCUUCUUUUUGGGGUUCACCCCCUUCAAUAAUUUCCCUGCUUCUCUCUCUUCACUCUCUUUCCCGUCCUCUUCCCUCUUUCCCUCCCUUCCUCUCUCCAUCCGGCCUCUCUCGGCCUCUGGUAGAGGUCACCAUGUGGGCCAACUACAUUGUCCAGCCGGAGGAGGAUGGCCGUAUGGGGGUGGUAGGAGCAGGGCCCCAUGGGGGCCUGGCCGGCCUGGCAGGGGUGAAGGGAGGGGGGCGUGCUACGAGGCGGACCCCUAGGAUGAGUGACAGCCAGGAGGGGAAGAUCAAGCUGGCGUUCUUUGUGGCCAUUGUGGGCGUUACCCUGACAGUGUUGGGGGUGGGAACAGAAUUCUGGGUAGAGCUGGCCACGCCCAAGACCUGGAGUAACAACCAGACGUGUCAAACAGCCCACUACGGCCUGUGGAAGGGGUGUACCCGCACCCUGUGGGUGGACGACAUCGACCCCGAGAGAGAGAGCUGCGGCCCCGCCGAUCUGCCCGGAGAAUCCAACUGCACUUACUUCAAAUUCUUCACCAAUGGACACAACGCAGUCAUAUUUAAGAAGACGACCCACAAGAACCUGAACAUAGCGGCUGCUAUCCUCGCAAUGAUAGCUCUGUCUAUGAUGGUGAUGGGAGCCAUCUGUAUCACCAUGUCCCUCAGUAAAGGAGUGCCCUUCUUCCUCAAGCCCGCCUCCUUCUGCUUCAUCCUAUCAGGUCUACUGGUCCUGCUGUCUAUACUGGUGUUUCACCAGUCAGUGCUGGCCCUGUUGUCAUCUGACCACUCCAUACCGCUCCACCACGAGCUCUCCUGGUCCGUGACCUGUGUGGGCUUCGCUGGAGCCAUCCUCAUCACGGGGGGGAUCCUUUUCCUGAUCCUCUCCCUCCCUUAUAGCUCCUGGGAGAAAUGUCUGCCUCAAUGCAACAGCAGCACUACCUAGCACAAUGGAGGCCCAAAAGAGGCCCAACAGCACAUACAGUAACUGGGGGAGAAAUGUUUAGUUUUAUAUCAGGAUUGUAAUCAAACUCCAGUCCUCGAGGGAUUUAGUUGCUGGCUUUAGUUGUCAGGUAUAAAUCAGACACUGAUCAGAACAACUACAACCAGUAGACACUGAUGCCACCCAGGAGUUGAGUUGGAGACCCCUGU